UUACCCACAUUGUCCUGUAGUAUUCUGUUCAGGAUACCCCUUCGGCCUAGGUCAUUGUCCAUGCGAUACGCCCUGAUCGCUGGGUCACGUCGCAUCAUCAGAUAGCGGCAACACAGGACUUACGGAGACGUGAAUGCUUUGACGGCGGAGGAUAAGGCAGGACAUUGACAUUUUCGAUCGCGCGGUCCUUUCUCUGGUCGCGGAUCAUCAAUCAAGCAGCUGCACGCAACAGACGAAACAUGAGAUCCUUCUCAAGCUUUGAUAGAUGGCGCAUAUCUUGCGUCGACCAAUAGAUCUCCUAUCAGCAAAGCUUGUUUGAUCCUGACGGUCAGUUGGUGUUCGUCCGAACCCCCUGAUGCGUUGUUUCGAGUUCUAGCCAAAAGAUUCCAGAUGAAACCCAUCAGGGGACGAACGGAUGAAAUAAGCGCUGCAACCCACCUCCGCCUCCACCUCGCGCCUCUAAACCAUGAGAUUCUGCACAAUCUCAUGACAGAUGAAUAUCCGCAGUCACUCUUCUUGGAUCGCAUGUAAUUUGCGAAAGGCUGUGUCUUCUUUCAGGCUAUGCAGCAUGAGAUUUCCUCUAGUUUUUGAAUGCGGUUUACUUCAUGCGAUUCUUAGCGAGAAUCUCCAGCUGGGCAAAAAACAAUCUCCUGUUUCGUUCAUAAGCCGGUUACCUCGGCGGCCUAGCGAAGGGAUCGUCUCAGACCCUUCGUAUCCAUCCCGUCCUAUCUCUCCCCAGGUAUUGCCUGAUAUGUUGCAUAAUCAGUAACAACUCGCGUCACAGAUUUUGGCCUUUUGGGUCAGACUUGGCGAGCCUACAUCAUUUCCUCGCAUGAUCCUGCCUAUCUCGUUGGUGGGAUGCCUUCAUGAGCGCCUACCUUGCCCUUUUGUUUUUUGUUCCUGCAUCUGCCCCUCGAAACUCAGACCUCCGCAAUAGGUCUCUCGAAGCACCGAGGCUGAGAAGGGGCUUCGUGAGCGGCCAUGAUGAGAGGUCUAGCAGACGUUGUGGCUGUUUUAAGAGUGAUCGACGGCAAGGGAUUGAGGCCGAAUUCAUUUCCUUCUGUAGAAGAGCUGAUGGGAUAUAAGUUCGUCCUUUGCCCAGCCAACUUUUUACUCCUUAUCGAUCUUUUCGACCUACAUUCUUUACUGCGUGCUUGUCACAUUCUUUUGGCUGACCUUUUAUACAUUCUCUCCUUCGACUGUGUCGCUCGUUUUUCACUUCUACGCACAACUUUCAAUCCAGGCCGGGCCGUUGACAACUUUGUAUCACCACUUAACAUUCCACAUAUCUAACUUUCAAUAUGUUGAACCCUACUUUGCUUGUACUCUUGGUAUCGGCUGGCCUCAUCGAAGGUCGGUCUGUUCUUGAUACAAGACAUGUGGAAAGCCACAUGCAGAGAAGACAUCAUCAUGGUCUUAUGGAGGAACGUUCAGUUCGAGAGCCACCAAGACGUAUUCAUGCCUUCCUACAUAGAAGGCAAAACAAAAACGAUGCUAGUGGUACCACUCUACUCGCUGAUGCCAUUCAAACCGGCUCUUUUACCGAUGGGAGUGUCAAUGGCGUGCAGAAGCCUGGACAAUCUGCCUCGCAAACAUCAAAGAACAAUUUCAUCAAUCUUUGCGCCGGAAAAACCUUGACAAAUGGUCUUCAAGUACUUGGCGGUUCUUGUAAUGGAAUUCCUAUGGGCGAUAUCCCAGCUAAGGCAAACAUGGUCUCUAGCAUUAUCACGUUUCCGGAGGCAGGCGAUACUAGCAUCGUAGCCAAUACCACUUUCAGUAUCACCGUCCAAAUGAACAAUCUUGUUGCAGGGUCUUUCACGAAUGCCGCGUCUACUUAUUAUGCCGGCCCUCAAUUUUUGCAAGGAGGCAAAGUUGUUGGACAUACACAUGUGACGGUACAAGACAUGGGAAACAGCCUCAAUCCUACUAAGCCCUUGGACCCGACACAAUUCGUUUUCUUCAAGGGAAUCAAUAACGCCGGUAACGGACAGGGUCUUCUCUCUGCUACCGUGACCGGUGGCCUUCUUGCCGGGAAUUAUCGUGUUUGCACCAUGUCAUCUGCCUCCAACCAUCAGCCCGUUCUCAUGCCAGUGGCUCAGCGUGGAACCCCUGAUGAUUGCACAAAGUUCACAGUCGUUUCAGCCGGAAAUACCGGUGGAAGUACUGGAGGCAAUACCGGAGGAAAUACUGGAAACGACGGUGGCUCAGCUGCCUCGAGCUCUAAAAAAUCGACUUCUAUCGAGACGUCUUCGAGUGCCGGUCCUACAAAGCAGGCGUUGUCUACAUCCGCUACUGAAUCAAGUACCGCCGAUGCAUCACUUUCUACAACCAAGACACGAAAGGGCGGCAAUGGUGGCAAAGCAACGACCAAGAGUUUCGCUACUGUUCCUCCAUUUCAAAACACCACUAUUGCCCAGACCACAUCUACAAGGGCUGCUGGUAAUGGUGGCAAGGGAAACGGAGGAAAUGGUAAUGGUGGCAAGGGCGGCAACAGUAACGUACAGGAUACCUCGAGCUCUGUCACUGUUGAAGCCUCGACGACCGCUGCCUCCAUAUCAUCUCCUUCAAUAGUUGCGAUUCAAGCAAGCAAGAAAGGUAAUGGCAGACCAGCUUUCACGGCAAAGGCAGGUGGUGGAAAAAGAGUCGUUGUCGUUCACAAAGUCAUUGUCAUUAAGACAUUCUUCAAAUUCGUCUUCUCGUUAGGUGGUCUCCCUCCUGCGGUUGGAAAGAAGGGCCAGUCCUUCGUUGUCUUCGAGGACCUCUUCGAUGAUUUCCCAUCUGCUUGUGCAGCUGCUUGCGGCCACCAGUUCACCAAGUGUAUAAGCUUCUCAGGCCCAGGAUUCUCGUUCCAGGAAUGUUCUUCCCAGAAGAACAAGUGCGCCAAUGUUGCCAGUAGCGCUUCAGCUCCAGCUGCCCCCGAGACUGUCACCGCAACAGUCACAGUCCCACCCACUGCGUCUGUGACCGGCAGUGUGAUUUCAGAAGUCACAGUCACUACCACGGCUCAGGCAUCCCAGUUAUCCCAAGCUGCUCCAACUCUAGGAGGCGCAGAAGCCGUUGCAACAACCCCGGCCGAAAGUGAAUGCGCUGUAAUCACGAACAUUGUCUUUAUCGACCCACCAGCUCCAACAGCAGCCGCAAUCAGCUCCUGCGAUAUUGUUACUUCAACUGUGUUCAUUGACCCUCCAUCAGCAACCGCCACUCCAAUCAUUGCAGCUGCAUCUCCAAUCAUCAGCUCAAAGCUCUUCCCCAACUCCACAAUUGCUAUUACGAUCGCGACAAAGAGUGCACCAGUCAGUCUACCCAAGUAGCGUAGCUCUCGGAGGCAUUGCACCUCCAGAAAUAACCGAUUCCGGUAAUGCUUCUCGCCCGUUCGCGGUGAAAGGCAACACGUUCACUACAAAGUCCGCGGCGAUUCAAAGGUCGUGCGAUGUCCAGUUCAACGCUUGCGCAAACGCUUUCAAUGGGGGAACAGCUAAAGGCUUCAACCUCGCUGAUUGCAAGAGGCAACAGGAUACCUGUGUAACUUCUGGUCCUUAAGAGGUGCAGAACUGUGUCCCACUGUACGAUAAUUGAUGACCGAGUGAUACCAAGCUAGAUGAUAGAUCGGGUGAAGAUGGGAUGUACCUGGGGAGUUUCUUGUUCUGUGUAGCUGUAUCAUUAUACCUCCUACCAGGCUCAUAGAGUUUGGCACUGUCAGAUGACACUUGACUUUUAACUCUAUCAUAUUCUCUUCUUCCUCGCCCAAGGUAAAUUUCAAGCACCGCAUUUUUUUUGUGAGCUUUGGACAGCCUCAUUUCAAGUGGCAUUUCCAAUAUCAAGGCGAUUGGAUUGUUUUUG